AAUAGAAUAAAAAAAAAAAAGAAAUAAUAAGUUGGUUAACUAGUUUCAUACGAGUCCACAUAUAAAAAUGGGCAAGAAUUCGAAACCCCAUCCACUUUGGUGGGAGUCAAAUGGAAGUGAUAUGUAGCUCCUCUUCCGUCUCCGUAUUCGUCUCCCCGCGCAACAAUCUCUGUUUCGCUCCUAAGGUGCUUCCAUGGAACUCUUUACUUGUUAGCUCUGUAAAACGUCAAAUUUGUAACUCGAUUUCAUGUGUAAGCUUAAAUGCUAGCAAUAGAUUAGGAGCUUUCAACCCUAACAAGCAGCAGAACGGAAGUUUCUUCUGGUUGAUAAGAAGGUUCAACAAAAGAUUCGCUUUCCAACAUGUUGUGCUUUUUAGGAGGAAUGGAAGGUUAUUAACGAAGUUAAGGAAUCAUACUAUCAACCUUCGGAAACUAGUGAAGAGUUCUGAGAAACUUAAAGAUCUGUUUCCAGUUCUAUUUGUCCGAAUUAUCUUGGGAAUGAUGAUCUUUAUGGCAAUCACUAUUCCUGUUAGCAAAUCUCCUUCCUGGGCACUCACAGAGGAGAAUCUUUUAUUCCUUGAGGCAUGGAGAACAAUUGAUCGUGCAUAUGUUGACAAAAGCUUCAAUGGUCAAAGUUGGUUUAGGUACAGAGAAAAUGCACUGAGAAAUGAACCAAUGAACAAUCGUGAACAAACAUAUGCAGCAAUAAAGAAGAUGCUUGCCACCUUAGAUGACCCUUUCACCCGUUUUUUAGAGCCUGAAAAGUUCAAAAGUUUAAGGUCAGGAACACAAGGUGCACUUACAGGGGUAGGAUUGUCAAUUGGUUACCCAACUGGAAAUGAUGGAGCUCUUUCUGGACUUAUGGUUAUUUCAGCUUCUCCAGGUGGGCCCGCAAGUCGGGCUUCCAUUGCCCCUGGUGAUUUAAUUCUAGCCAUUGAUGAUUUUAGUACAGAAACAAUGGAUAUUUAUGAUGCAGCUGAACGUUUACAGGGGGCUGAAGGAAGUGAAGUACAGUUAAAGAUACAAAGUGGGCCCGAGAUAAAGCAGUUAUCUUUAACGAGGGAAAACAUUUCACUAAAUCCAGUGAGGUCAAGAGUGUGUGAGACACCUGGCAUGGGGAAGGGUACCUCAAAGAUUGGAUACAUCAAAUUAACAUCAUUCAACCAAAAUGCUUCUGCUGCUGUGAAGGAAGCAAUUGAGACUUUAAGAAGAGACAAUGUUGAUGCAUUUGUCUUGGACCUUCGCAACAAUAGUGGUGGUCUUUUUCCUGAAGGAAUUGAAAUUGCUAGGAUUUGGUUGAACAAGGGUGUGAUUGUGUACAUAUGUGAUAGUCGUGGAGUUAGAGAUAUAUAUGACACUGAUGGAACAAAUGCAAUAGCAGCUUCAGAGCCUCUAGCUGUUUUGGUGAACAAAGGAACUGCAAGUGCAAGUGAGAUAUUGGCUGGGGCAUUGAAGGAUAACAAACGUGCAGUGCUUCUUGGGGAACCUACUUUUGGCAAAGGAAAAAUACAAUCGGUUUUUGAACUCUCUGAUGGCUCUGGCUUAGCUGUUACUGUUGCUCGUUAUGAAACCCCUGAUCACAUUGACAUCAAUAAGGUUGGGAUAACACCUGAUCAUCCAUUGCCAGCAUCAUUUCCAAAGGACGAUGAUGUGGAAUUGUUCGGAGAGAUGGAAGAACAAGCAUCAACGGUGGCUAUGGACGUCGACGACGUCGAAGCACUCGAUAUUUUCGGAGAAGGUCCUAUCGCCGCCUUGGAUCACCACCGCUUGACCGAUUCCGAUUUCUUUAAUUCCUUCGAAGACGAUUUCGACGACGCCGACAUCAAUUGA